AUGGUUUAUUUAGACAAUUCCUUUCUCUUAAUCACUCCUAUUUGUUCAAUGCCAGACCCUUAUUAUUAUAAUGUGUAUAACAAUCUCCUGAUAAGAUAUAUUUCGCCUUUAAAUUAUGUGCGAAAUUUAAACUGUGGAUUCAGGCGAGGACAGAUAUCACCCAGGCACAAUCGCCUAACUGUCCCCCCCGAGAUUGCAGAAGGAAUCGACGGGAGAACAUGUAAUAGUGGCGUUCUGAAGACAGUCGAGGUCGAAAGUAAAUUUCUCUCCAUGGAGGAAAAUUAG